AUGGGGGGGAGUGUGAAGGAAAGAGACAGAGAGAAGGAGGGGGGUGAGGGAAUGUUGGACUGCAAUGGAGCAGAAUGCCAUACAGAAACAGAAUCAUGUGAGUGGUUAGGCCCCCCGUGCUGCCUGCGAGGCUCCUUUGCAUUCUACAAGUCGGUGUGCUACAAGCCCAACACCGAUGGCCCAGUCAAGGUCUGGAGACUGGGAGAGUUCUACUACGUGCGCUGUAGCCCUCAGGAGCCAAUCUGUAUUGCCGAGGUCACCCUGCUGUGGGAGGAUCAGCGACAGCGCUACCCACUGGCCAGCUGCAGACUCUACUACCUGCCGGAGGACACUCCCAAGGGCAGGACCGAGGAACAUGGAGAGGAUGAAGUUGUUGGUGUCUCAAAGAAAGUUGUGGUCCGAGUGGAGAACUUGGUUAAAUGGACCUGUCCAGAACCGCCUAAGUGGAAAGGUGGCUCCUUAAAGAGCCGUGACCCUCCUAUAACUGACAGUUCUUUAUGUGUAUCAGCCACAGAGGAUCUAAAGACUAAGGGUAAGUAUGACACUUCAGAAGUGCAGCAGAGGGUUAAGGUGCUGAGUUACCCACAGUACUGUCGCUUCCGCACCCUACAGAAAAGACUCCAGCACCGGGCUGGCUGGUCCAGCUUGCAAGAUCCACAUCUCAUGGCUUUGGGAUGGAUGAGAAUGGCCUUGCACAACACCCGAGUCCUGUACUGCAGAGACACCUUCAGUCACCCCAGUCUAGACAGCAACCCCAGUUUAACAUCAGAGAUUGGAUGCCUCUCAGUUAGUUUGAAGGGACGCCCUCGAAAACGAAGGGGCAGAGACAGUGAUGGAUCCGAACCGCCAAGCCUCAAUCAUUGUGACUCUUGGGGAGAGCGAAUAAAGGACAAUGGGAUAAGCAGUGAGGCACUGAUGUUCGAGGGUAGCUGGCUUUCUCACCCAGAGAGGCAGCUCUUCCUGGAUCAGCUGUAUCUCUUCAUGGAACGUCGUGGGUCUCCCAUCGGCAAGGUCCCAAACCUGGGCUUUAAAAAGAUUGACCUUUUCGUGUUGUAUUCAGUUGUCAAAAAGCUGGGUGGCUAUGAUGUGGUGACAUCUCAGAAGUUGUGGAAAGUGGUUUAUGAUGAGCUGGGUGGAAGCCCUGGUAGCACCAGUGCCGCAACAUGUACCAGAAGACAUUACGAAAGGUUGGUGCUUCCAUACGAGCAGCACCUUAAAGGAAGCAGUCAGGGGCUCAGCAAGACCAAAGCAGCAGAUACAGCAGCUUUGGCUGAAUCAAUCAAAAAGCCUGGGCGUGGCAGAAAAGUACAGACUGUUACAAAAAAGAAUAAGGUUGCUAGUCAGGCUGCACCACCGGAUGGCGUAGUGGUACGAAAAAGAGGACGCCCUCCUGGCAAAAGGAAUGCCAAGUUUCUUCCCAAGGGCAAAGUCGGGAGACCACCAUCACAUACCAAACCAGACGAGCAAGAAGUUUCCCAACCAUUGCCUGUCAUUAAAAUACUGAUCCCUUCCCAAGCUACCACAGCUCCUGCUUAUCCAGCCCUUCAGCCGAAAUUGGAAGAUGUGAAGAAAGAGCAUGAAUUUUCAACUCCUAGCCUAGCGUCUGGUCAAUCUAAGCUCCAGAUUGGAACCUCUUUGGAAGGGUUCAGCCCUACGAAAGGUAUGUGUCCUCUGGACUUCUUCAGGGCUCGUUUGGGUCUCAGUGGAGUCGGUGGUCCAGAAAGCGCUGAUAACUCCUCGAUCAUGAGUCAGACCAAAGUCGGCAGUCCUGAGACACCUGAGGUUUUACAACACCAGUGUUCUGGGUGCAACGUGGACCAUUCAUCUUGGGCCGGAUCCCCAAAAGAAGGCCUGACCGCCAGACCCUCACUGCCUCCUCUCAAGAUCCUUCCGUUGAACAUUGAUUGCAGCCUUCAGUUACACCAGCUGAUGCACACUCGACUAGGUUCGGCGCACAUGAAUACAUUUACCAAGCGCCUCUCGGAGGCACUAGCUCAAGAUCUCGGGAAGAACCAUCAAAUCACUAGGAACAACCUGCCGCUUUCUCAGGAGCAAGCUAUGCCGCUUAACCUGAGCAAGAAAACUACAACCAAGAGGUCUUCUGAUGAUUCCCAGUGUGGAGAAUCCGAAGCCAAGAGCCUUAAGAUGGAACCUGUGGAUCUCCGCUUGAGUCUGAACCAGAACGGAGGUUCCUCACCGGUCACAAAAAUUCAAGAUGAACCAGCCGAUCUGAGCUGUCCACGUCGAGUCAGGGCUCUUCAGGACAGGACAAGCUCCGGGUUAACUUGCAGCGAGACUCGGCCUCAGAGUCCAAACGUUUCUUCCAACUCAGUCUUUCCUUUUAGUGUUUUUUCUCCUGGUGGUGCUCUGAGAAAUGAUUUUAUCCCAGUGGAUCUUAAAUUAAGAGAGAUGUGUGUGUGGAAAACAGAACCUGAGAGAACUUCGGUGAACCAGCAUGCAGAAUCCUGUGCUAAGGGUGAGCACCUUACCCAGUGUAUGCCUUAUGAGGAUUAUAAAGUUUCCUUUUCCAAGCCCUCACAAAGCUGUUGAAAAGCCGGCGAGAAACAUCGCCCGUUUAAAAACGUCUAACUGCUAACACUUGUCUACUUCACCAUUCCACUUUAUCCUUCUGUACCCGUAGCACAUUUAUUGUUCAAAUGGACAGUCAGACUUCGAUGGUGCCUUAACCUGCUGAGUGUGGAAAACACUACUACUACUACUGUACUCCUUAUGUAUUUUACCCCAUGGCUAACUAAAGACAAAGUGUUCUAUGCAGAGGACAUUAUAUAUUUUUGGUGCAUUUUAUUUUUCUUUGGCCCAGUCAACA